AUGAAGUGGUCUAUUAUUCAUCUCCUGGCUUUCCUGGCUUUCUUGGCCACCUACAUUCAUGCCGCGCCAGUCGGCACCGAAGCGGCUGCUCCCAAGCCAGUAGCCGAGCGCUAUAUCGAGGACCAAUGCAGCGAUUUCCAGCGCGCACAGAUUCAAACGGCACAAGGCCAGUGCGUGAAACUAGCAUUGCGCGCUGCCAAAGCCGCAUAUGAAGACUCCAGGUUCCCGGCCUACUUCCACUCUGAUUCGUCAGACAUCAGGGCGAAGGUUGCUUCCCGUUUCCACGCAAUAGCAAAGGAAUGCACCAAGCCACGCUUGGGUUACCACUGUUCUUGCGAACCCGACCAGUGUAAGCCCGGUGAAGUGGCAUUCUAUACAAGUGAGGACGACUUCGGCGUGACGUUCUGCCAAUCCUUCUAUGGCAUGCCGCUAGUGAACCCGAAGCCGACAGGUCAAGGCGGGGACCGGGGCACCGUGAUUCUACACGAGUUAACGCACAGUCCUGUGAUAUAUCAUCCUGGCACGCACGAUUUGGAAUAUGGCUUCCAUAACACGACGGAGCGAGUAAAGACGACCGAGGCGGCGCUGGACAAUGCAGAUUCUUUCGUGUUGUUCGCACAGGACGCUCUUUAUAACUCCUACUCAUUAAAUGGGCAAGUAGUGGACUGUUUCCCUGAUCAAUAUCUUUGCCACGCGAUUGGCGUUCAGCUCUCUGCCGCGGGUAACUCCGCCGUCAAGGUCGUAGUGACGAACAACGGCGAUAUGGCUUUGAACCUUCUCAGGACAGCCACUCUCUUCGAUGAGAAGCUACCCGUCGAGCGCAUCUCGAUGUUCGCUAGCAACAGUUCUAUCAAGGUUCCUUUCGAAGGCAUCAGCAGGGUUCACCUUGAUACCGACAACCUAUCCACGGACGACUUCCUUGUUCUUGGAGCUGGAGCCAAGAAAGAGUUGACGAUUGAAGCUGCCUCUCUACACGAUCUCAGCAACGGCGGAAGCUUUGAUGUGUUCGCGAACGGCAUGCUGCAAUACGCCAACACCAACUCGACCGAGCUUGUUGGCCAUCUCGAAUACACCUCCAACAAGCUCAGCAUCACUGUCAACGGUACCGAAGCGGCUACUCACAAGCCAGUAGCCGAACGUUGGGCCGAUCCCUACUUUUGCCGACGCUUCAUAGCUUUCAUGAAUGAUCAAAUCGCCGAGGCACAAAAGAAUUGUCAAAAGCUAGCAUUGGGAGCUGCAGCUGCAGCUCGAGCCGGCCACCGCCAUCUCGAAACCUUCUUCCACUCGCGAACACAAGCUACGAAAGAUGCGGUUUCUGCCCGAUACACCGCAAUAGCGCAAGAAUGCGCUAAUCCUAGUGCAAGCUUGAAUCUCUACUGUCAUGACCGUAUCGGCAAUUGUAACGGUAAUCUUGCAUACUACGCCCGGCUUGGUCUCGGCAUCACGUUCUGCGCUGAUUACUGGGACCUGCCGGCAGUAGCGAAAGGGCAAUGUUCAGCCAAGGAUCAGGGCACUGUACUUCUGCACGAGAUGACGCAUUCUUCAGAGGUGUAUAGCCCUGGUACCAAGGACUGGGCUUAUGACUACUGGCCUUCCGUUAAGCUGUCUUCCAGGAAGGCACUGAACAACGCAGAUUCGUUCAAGCUGUUUGCAAACCAUGUUCGCUGGGGCUGCUAA